AUGAAUAUAGAAAUGAUGCUAAGAGACUCCGACAGUACAAUUUGUCUUCUCUCGACUGAAAGACAGGAUCAACGGCACGAACCUAUCCCCGGAAGUCAAGAAGACACCCUCGGGAUUGAGGCAGCGGGGGCUGCUACUCUUGUCCCCAUUAUUCCUGCUUGCCGUUCUAUCGGCAUCCCCCAGCCGGACGAUGGUAUUGACUUUCUUACGGAAAUCCAACAAGCAUUUGCUGAAGCUGAAGAGUUUACUUUACAAUCCAGCUCGGCCGUUGAGUUUGAUCCGUCUAUGAAUACCCGUCAAAAGCCUGGAACUUUGGUAGAUACCCAUGAUAUCGAGGUACCAUCCAGCAAGCAGGGAAAUCCUUCGUUCUCAGUACCAAGAUUCGCCUCCUUGGAUCUGAUUGCUCCAUUCUACCCAGAAGCCGAUCCCCACCACCCAAGAGCGCAGACCUUUCGAACAUGGCACACGCGUCGAGAUAUCGUGCUCUACACAUGCUGUCUCAUCGCAAUCCUCGUUUUUGUCUUGAAUCUAGUCACAUUGCUCCUCGGACGCAGACAUUUCACCGGCGGGAGGGUAUUCUACGGCAACUGCUCGACAUCCAGCAGACUCUCUACUCUCAUUCACAUUGCUAUCAACAUCCUGAGUAGCUUACUGCUCUUUGCGUCAAAUAAUUGCUUGCAAAUGCUUGUUGCUCCUACCCGUAAAGAGAUUGAUCAGGCGCACAAGGAGAAAAGGUGGCUCGAUAUUGGCAAGCUAAGCAUACGAAAUCUGUUGCAUAUAGAUCGGAAACGUUUGGUAGUUUCGUUGAUUUUGGUACUGAGCUCAAUUCCUCUACACUUCCUAUACAACUCAGCCUUUUUCACCACCAUUCCCGUCAAUGCCUAUACAUGGGCAAUUGUUACACCGGAAUUCUUGACUGGGACACCUUUCAACAUCACAGCGACCAAUGACACGUUGACUGAACGUGCUGCUCGCACAGUACAGUGGUUACCUCCCUGGUCUGAUGAUGUAGUGAGCGGUAAAGUCGGAACUCCUGGAGACGUAACGAAUUCUUCCUGGCACAUCGAAGAAACACUUCUAGCUUGGCGAACAAGAAGUCUCAAUGAUACCACCUACACAAAAUUGGAACCGUUAGAAUGCCUCGAGGCUUAUGUGACCCAAUUCGGGAAUGCAUGUCUUUUUGUCUUGAACCUCGGAGUUCUCAUGCUCGGAUUUGCCCUCCAAGAAUUAAAAUUGGAUACAGGAUCUCUAAAAUAUGUUUCAAAGCUGGGAUUCGGCAGUUUGGACCAAUACGAGAUCUUGGACUGGUCGUUCUUGAGCUAUGAUCCAGGCCAACGAUCCUUUUACAGUCACAUACUCUUUGCCAAUAUUUGGCAAGUUGCAGUUUCCAUUGUAUAUGUACAGUGCCAGGCUCUAUUAUCCUCUCUUCUAGUGGCAGAUGAAUGGGGCCGUUUCGCCUUAUCCAAAAAGACAGCUCGUGUCUCGCAUCCCAUUGGCCUGCAAAGAUCCACCUAUUUCAUCUCCCUACCCUGGAAAUACGGCGGUACACUGCUUGGAGUCAUGAUACUACUGCAUUGGCUCAUAUCGCAAAGUGUAUUCCUUAUCCAGAUCGAAAGCUUUUCAUCGGAUGGCACUGUUUAUACGCCUUGGAACCAAUCGGCGGAUGGAUAUAGUAUUCUGCCUAUUAUUUGUGCGAUUGUUGUUGGGCUUUCAUUGAUAUUUGCCCUUGCAAUGUGUGGCUUGCGUAGAUUGUCAACAGAUAUACCGCUUGCUUCUACUUGUAGUGCUGCUAUUAGUGCCGCAUGUCAUGCACCCGAAGAAGAUAAGCAGACUUAUCUAUUCCCGAUUCGCUGGGGAGUUGUGAAGGAGAAAGAUGGAGUCGGGCAUUGCUGUUUCACUACUGCAAGAGAUGUUGAAGCUCCGAUAGAAGGACUGCUUUAUGAAUAG